AUGAGAGAAAGAACAAAUUAUCUGCCUUAUGCCUUCGUAGAACUCUCUUCCUUACAGGCGGCUUAUGAACUUGUACAGUAUAAAAGAGCUGCUCUUGUUAUAGGGGAACAAGAGCUUAAGGUACAGUUUAAGAAAAUAGGUCUUGCAUGCUCCCAUCCUGGUUCUUCUUCCCGUAACGGGAAUUCAGCAGGAUCAGCAGCAAAUGCAGCGGGAGGAGCAGCAAAUAAUGGUCUUGAUGACCAAGAUACUGCUUCCUCCAGAUCUACUGUCUCCCUCAUGGCUCCCUUUACCCCUACAGGACAGUCUGUUAAAGAUGUUUGUCGUCUUGUCGCUAGAAAACUAUCCAGGGACUUUGGCAUACCUAUGCCGCCACCCCCACCCCUCUAUGGAACAGCAGCAGGAGCUGGAGCAGCAGGAACACCAACAGGAGCAGCAGGAGGAACAGCAGGAGGAACAGCAGGAGCAGCAGCAGCAGGAGGAACAGCAGACCAGCAGGAGGUUUUUGCGCUCCUUGCCCAUGGAAAUGCCCCUCCAGCAACCCAAGGGACAGCACCAGCAGCUGCUACUGCUGCGGCAAACAAUCGAGGAACAACCGCUGCAUGCGCUCAGGGGACAGCUGCAGCCGGGGAUGCAGCUGUCUCUAAGCAACAAAGGGGAUCAGCAAUGCAACAAGAGAAGUUGCCUUCCAUUUCUUUGCCGUUAAUGCAACCCCACACAAGAGACACACAAGCAGCAAGUGUCUCCACAAGGGACACUAUAAAGACACUAGGAGACACCUUGCAGCCCUUUACCCCCCAGGCACUUCCCACAAACCCCACAACAGCAGCUAAUCCGCAUGCAGGCCUCCAUACACUCGACCACUUGCACCCUCUUCACCAACAACAGCAGCAGCAGCAGGAGAGGACGCUGUUACAACGUGCUGUGGGAGCACCUACAAAUGGCCUGCUGCCCUUUGAAAGACACGUCGAUCUCCUUGCACACGAAAGGAGUCUCCUUAUGGAAACAGAGACGGGGGGAGACAGUACUAGCAAACUGCAGCAGUUUAGGGGGAGCGAAGCGAGGCCCCACUGUGGGGACAGCCCCUCCACCUUGCCUCUGCAGCAGCAGCUGCAGCAACAGUUGCAACAGCAGCAGCUUCAGCACCAGCAGCUGCAGCAGCAUGCGAACAGAGGGUUUAGCAACGACGAGGGAGCAGCGGAAGCAGCGUCUCUCUUUGUCUUGCAGACACUAGGAAGGCAUUCAGCAGCAACAGCAGCAACGUGCGGAGACGGCGGCGACAGCAAACGGCCACUUCUUGAGUGUCUUGAGGGGCAGGACGGGGUGGGAGCAAAGAAGGUAAGGGAGGGGGAGACACCUGAGGAAGGGACAGUACAAGGAGAGGCACCUCCCGAUCCCUUCGAUCCCCUUCUUGACGAUCCCAGACCCCACAGUAUCCCCUCCUUAGGAGGCCCUCAUCUCCUUAGCAGCAGCACUGGAGGAGACCCUGACCGUCCCCCGUUGCUGACUGUCCCCUCAUUUAUGGAGAAGGCACCGGGAGCAUCAGCAGCAAGUGCAGCGCCAGCAGUAGCUGCUGCAGAUGCAGGUGCUGUUGGAGCUAGUGCUGCUGCACCUGCAGCUGCUCUGCGGGAUCCUUGGGCAAACCUAGUGGGUCCUCAAGGAGGAGGAGGAGACAGCUGCAGCACGCCGCCGUUAAGGGGGCAGCAAGGAGACAGCAGCAGCACACUUACUGCUACCCCUGCAACAUCUCUAUCGGGUAGCCUUGCUUGUGACUGUCUACCUUCUCCUUCUGUCUCUAACAGCAUCAGUGUCCCUUUUGCAGCAAAGGAGACAGAAGAAUCUCCUAGUCCCUCAGGGGAAGGAGAGGGGACAGCAGCAGCACAAGGGGGGCCUCCCCUAAUAAACGGAGGGGGGGCCCCCAAGUGCUGCCCAAAGCAGCAGCAAACCCUCAAUGCCUUUCUGCCUACGGCUGUAGCACUGCAGCAACAGGAAAGGGACAACAUGAGGAGACACUUUAUAGAAGAGGAGACAGAGAGGAGCAGCAAAGGCAGCAAAAAUAAAUCUGCCCUCUUAAGCCCUCCCCCCCAACAGCAACAGCAACAGCAGCUGUUGUACACCGCUAGCCCUAUACUACGGGGGCCCCUAAAUACCCCUCUCCCACCAGAAAACGGGGCCCCCCCACCUCCUUGUCUGAUGUCUCCUCCUCCUCCCCCUCCUCCCCCUUCCCUCCCUCUAUCGCGGCAAUGCAGAGAGACACCAAAGAAUUGUCAGCUGCAACGUCGCAGCCGCAUGCAGCCCCAAAACCCCACAGCUUCUUACUUUGAAGUUGAUGUCUCCGUGCUGCUGCGGCCUGUCUCCGAUUACUUGGCGGGGGCUCCUGCUGCAGUUGCUGCUGCAGGCCCUAGGGACUUAAAGAUUAUGGCAGGAGAGGGGGAGAAAGGAGACAGUGGAUAUAACACCUGCAGUGCCUCAUCUAAUGAGGAACUGUCUCCUCCCUUGGCAUUCUCCCGUAGAGCACACCAAAUGGGUCUCCCUUGUCUAUGGAGGGGCCUUAAGAAGGAAGCAGCACCAACAGGAAAAGAUGAUCCUCAGGGCCCCCCAAAUCCAGCAGAAGAACUUGCUGCUGCUGCUUCUGUUGCUGCUACUGCUGCAGCAAACCCGCCAACCGCAGCACCUGCUUCCUCUCCGUCUCUUACACGCACAAUUGGCAGCAAACUCAAGGGGCCCCCUGCCCCCCCACAGCAACAAUCACCUGUCUCUAAACCCUCUCUCCCUGCUGUCUCCUCAGGUCUGUUGCAGUUCAAUGCCCUUCGCUGGGGGCGCAGCAACAUCUUCGAGUCCCCCUCUGGGGAUCCGACCCCAGCGGGGACACCACCAGGCCUUGCUGCUGCUGUGGGUCAAGCUUGGGGGGAGACUGCAGCUGUUGCUCCGCAGGAAUGGACACUGUCUCCUGCAGGAGGGCUACAGGGAAGCAGCAAACUUGGGACAGAAACAACAGAUGCCGCUGCUGCUGUCUCCUACAACGGCUCCACCUUAGGCUCGCAAGUGACUGAGGGCGCUGAGGAGAGCGGUGAGCCGUCUUCGACUAUGUUCCACUGCACCGGCAGCAGCAACAGCAGCAACUGCAGAACCAACAGAAGUAGCCGCUGCAGCAACAGCCGGAGCAGCACACAUUCCAGCAAAGCAAGCCCCCAGCCAGCGGGCAUAUGGGGUGCUUCGCUUGCGUGUACAUUGAGGCGCCCAAGGAGCAGCAGCACCAACAGCAGCAGCAGCAGCAACAGCAGCAGCGGUAACAGCAACAGCAUUAACAGCAGCAUUUCCUUGCAGAACGUCGCAGGGUCUUGUACCCCUCGCCGCUCCUUAUCUGUCGUCUCCAAGGGACGGAGGGCCUUUAGCAGUGGGUCUAGGGUGACAGAAACUGCCAGUCAACAAAAGCAGCUCACCAGAAACACAAGCAGCAGCAGCAGCAGCCGCUUGCGUGGGCGUUCUCCAGGAGCCCCCCCCUCCUGGCUAACAAAAACUCAAUCAGCGAACACCCGUAAUUUCUUGCAUAUCCGGGGCGUGCAUAGCACUGCUGAGAAGCAGCCGCAGCAGCAGCGGCAACAGCAGCAGCAACAACAGCAACAGAAGCAUCAAAAACAGCAGGAGAACACCUCGGCCCAACCUCUUCAAGCUGAAGAAGUAUCGCUGCUCCCACUUCACCGACGCGGCUCUAAAGAGCAGCGGCAGCAUCAGCAACAGCAGAAGAAACAACAGGAGGAACAGCAGCAGCAGCGCCAACAGCUACUGGAAGAACCAGAACUGUUCCCUUACGAAGCUGACUCACUGGCUGACGAUAUGGAAAUGAGGACAGGAGCCCCCAGUGACUUGAAGAGUAAGCUGCAGCAGCAACAGCAGCAGCAGCAGGAAGACAGUUUUAGAGAAGAGACUGUUCAGGGUGCAGCAGCAAGCAGCAGCAGCAGCAGCUUCGUUUCUUCUGCCCCUGUCAAGGCCGCAGUCCCUUCAACUGUCUCCGACCCCACAGUGGCCCUUCUCCUAGCGCAAAUUGAAGACAUCACGAAGCAGCUGCCUCCUCGAAUAAUUGACGCCUUCUGGGCAUCUCUUGCGAACGCCCGCGCCAGCGUCACAGCAGCAGAAGCAGCAGCAGAUCACCCUUCAGGAGCAGCAGCAGCAGGAGCAGCAGAAGACGUGACACCAGCAGCAACCACCACCACAACAGCACCAGCAGCCACAGACAGCCCCACAGGAUGGGGCCCUCCGCCUUCUUCGCCCGGCUGUGGGGCCCUUGGCCCUGCAGAAGGCUAA